CGCUUUGGCCCGGGCUGUGUUCCGCUGCGUCGGGAAAUCAGAAUCGGACGCAGAUCAGAGAGAAACAAAUCUUCUGACAGGAGAGAAAAGUUCAUGGUGGAGUUUCUGCGGAGCGCGGACGAGCACAUGAAGUCCAAGCUGAACAUGGAUAGUUUGAGCAAGCCGGAGUUGCUGAUGCUUUUCAGCAUCCUGGAGGGAGAGCUGGAGGCCCGGGACCUGGUCAUUGAUGCCCUGAAGGCCCAGCGUAAAGAGCUGUUCAUCCAGGAGCGCUACGGCAGAUACAACCUCAGCGACCCCUUCCUGGCCCUGCAGAGAGACAGCCAGGCCGUGGGUGAUCAGAGCAAGGACCCGGGCUGUUCUGCCCCAGCCUCCAACCCUCUGGUGGUUCUCAAACUGGUGGUGAGCCACUGCAGGAGGAUGCAAGAGAAGAUGUUGGCCCAGCUGGCUGCAGCGGAGAGCAGGCACAGAAUGGUCAUUGCAGAUCUGGAGGAGGAAAAGAGGAGGCAUGCUGAGGACACAGCCGAGGGAGAUGACGUCACUUACAUCCUGGAGAAGGAGAGGGAGCGCUUACAACAACAGCUGGAGUUUGAGCGUAGCCAGGUCCGGCGGUUGGAAAAAGAACAGCGGCGAAUUGCUGACCAGCUCGAAGAAGAACGGGCACAGCACAAACAGCUCUCCUGCGCUUUGGCCAAAGAGUGCAAGUGGGCGAGUGCCAGAGCUCUGGAGGAGGGUCACCGGCAGACUGAGCUGAGCCGUAAACUCGACAAGGAAAAGGAGGCAUGUCACGCCUUGGAAAAAGAGCUGGAGGAUGAGAGGAGGCGAACGCUUCGGAUGGAGGCGCGAGUGGAGGAGCAGCUGGCUGAGUUUGACACGGAGCGAGAGCAACUCCGCUCACGCUUAAAGAAGGAGGAGGCUCACUGUCAACAGCUACAACAGCAGGUAGAGGAGCUGAAGAGGAACCUGGAGGAGGUGAACAUGAUGACAGAUGCAGCGCCAGUGGAGGCAGAUGAGAAGGAGUGGGCCACUAAAGUUCCUCCAGGAAAAACAACAGUAGACACUAUCGAGGUCGAGGACAUUGAGGAAGACAGAAACCAGCCCGUGCAACCAAAAGUCAACGGUCAUCAUUGUCCAAUGGAGACCAACGGGCACCACGGUCCAAACAACGUUCUCCCAGAGACAAUGUGCCAAGAGAACGGGAAUGAAAACCCUCCAGUUCAUCAGAACCAGACGUCAUUCUCCCCCUCCGCUCUGCCUCCUUCCUCCCCCUGCGCCUCGCCUGUUCUUGCUAAACGUCCAGGAGGCAGCCCCAGUCCUGGUAGCUACCAGUCUCCCUACCAGGCCGGGAUCAACCAGCGCUUCCAUGCUGCUCGUCACAAGUUCCAGGGUACGACUGACCCAGAACCUCAGUCCCAGGCCGCCCCGCCGGCUCCUCCUCUCUCGCCAAAGGAACUCCCCACUGUGACCAACACCUCCUCCCCGGAGGCCAGUCCAGUCAAGCAGAUGGCCCGCAGCACAGUCACCCAGGUCCUGUCUCGCUUUACCACUGUCCAGCAGAAUGCUACACCAAAGCUCGCGGCACCAAACAACUCGCCCUUUGGUACAGACUACCGCAGCCUGGCAGCGCCCUUGUCUCCCGUCAUUGGAAGGGCAGCGGGGGCUCUUCCCCAGGGGAUCAGAUCACCCAUCAUCCCCAGGGCGGACAGGGGAAAUCCUCCACCCAUCCCCCCUAAGAAGCCCGGUCUGGCACAGGCCCCUCCAUCCCCGGCGGCGGUUCCCAGGUCUUCGAGCCAUUUCUCCGACAGCCCCCUCUCAGGCAGCUGUGGCCUCACCUCCGGCCAGGAGGGAGUCAAAGAACUGGACAUGGUGGUUUCAUCCAAUUAAGUGAUCACAAUGAAUUUGUCAGCUGCUGCUCUGCUCGUGACAUCACAGUUUGAUCCACAUCUCAUAAUUGAGAUUAAGACAUUGUUUUGUAUGAGACAGGAUUUAUAUCCUGUGUUUAUUUGAACAAAGGUCCCCUCAAACACUGUUACGUUAUUUGUAUUUAUUAGAAUUUUUUAUCAUAUGAGUUAAGGCACUCGUUUAGGUAUUGGUUCAGGAGCUGGUGCUAAUGUGCAGCUCCAACUGAUAGUUUUAGUUUCCAAAUGUGCCAACACUAUAUGCUGGGUGGUUACAGCAUCCUGCUACAGUCUUUCUUAAUGGUGUAUUAUUUCCAAAGAAUACAACUUAUUAACCAACAAGGUGUAAUUUUUUUCCCUCAUUACUUUUUCUCAAGUAUAUAUGUGGAUUUUAAUUAUAGCAAAGAAUCAUCAUAAAUCAUCCUUGGACCAAUGUAUGCUACAUAGUCUUGUUUCAUUGUACAGUAAUUUUUAUAAAAGUGUAUAGUUUAUUUUAUUAUUGUUCCUUAGUAUAUCAUGUAUAAUAGUUUUAUACAACAGAUAUUCUAAUCAGUGUUGUACAUCAUGUAGUACGUUAAUGUUGUUAAUAAUGAUAAAGAUCAUGUAGAUUACAUGCAGUCACCAUUAGAGAGUGAUGGUUUUUUUAUUGGUAAUAUUCAGAGAGCAGGGUGGCUGAUGGUUGAUAUAAUGAUAUAAUAUUGAUACUAUGUUGUUUUUAAUUUGACAUAUUUUAAAAUACAACAAUUUAAUCAUAACAAAUGAGACAGAAAAUAGCCAAACUUUUUAACAAUUAUUCACUUUUCAAUUUUCACUUCAAUGUCUGCAGAGAUUUUCUGUAAUCGUUGUACAAUAUGUUUAAGAUGCUGAUGUCUUGCCUUUGUCAUUUAUAAAGAAAAACACUGCAAAUAUAAUAUAGUCCACUGUGGCUCUGAUUUAUAUCAUGACACUACGCUGUGCUUGUUAUCAGUAGUGACAGAUUUAAUAAAUUAGUCCCAAAGUU